AUGUUUAUCUGCGUUAAAUAUGGAGACAACCGGCAGUUCCUCGCCAACAUCAACUGCUCCGUUUUGCUCCUCUCGCAUUACCUGCGCGACAAAGUGGGGUUGCAGAGGACAGACCCCAUUGACUUAUGUGAAGAAAACGGGACCCUCAAGCUCCUUUUCCUAGUCAAGAUCCCAGAAGACAAUGCCAGCAAGUUCCUAACUCCUAGGGCAACCUACUACAUCUGCAAGUUGGAAAAGGGGCUCCCUGGGACCAAGCAUGAAAACGGCUACCGGGCCUUUCUGCCUGUAUUCAGACACCCACCCCUGGAGCUGAUGGAGUCCUUGCGCAACCAGUGCGACUUCCUGGAGAAGACCCGCCUCCGGAUGCUCAAGAGCCAAGAUGGCAGGAAGCCCACCAUGGAGUCGCUCCUGAUUUCCAUGCAAAACCACCUGAUGGGCAAAAGUGCUGGGAAGACUGGCUCGACUGCCACCUCCAACCUGGAUGAGGAGGGCACUCCCCGCAAAGCCACCACAAGCGCCAAGACCAGGAUGGAGUCCGGCCGGAAAGAGAAGCACCGAUGAA